ACAACACCCUCUCCAACAACCACAACACCCUCUCCAACAUCCACGACUGCAGCUCCAACAACCACAACACCCUCUCCAACAACCACAACACCCGCUCCAACAACCACGACUGCAGCUCCAACAACAGCAACCACUGCAGCAACAACCACGACUGCAGCUCCAACAACCACAACAGUAGCACCAACAACCACAACUGCAGCACCAACAACCACAGCGAACGCACCAACAACCACGACUGCCGCUCCAACAACCACAACACCUGCUGCAACAACCACAACACCCGCUCCAACAAACACAACACCCGCUCCAACAACCAUGACUGCAGCUCCAACAACAGCAACCACUGCAGCAACAACGACGACUGCAGCUCCAACAACCACAACACCCUCUCCAACAACCACAACACCCUCUCCAACAAACACAACACCCCCAGCAACAACCACGACUGCAGCUCCAACAACCACGACUGCAGCUCCAACAACCACAACACCUAAUCCAACAACCGCGACUGCACCUCCAACUACAACAACCACUGCAGCAACAACCACGACUGCAGCUCCAACAACCACAACAGCCGCACCAACAACCACGACUGCAGCUCCAACACCCACAACACCCGCACCAACAUCCACGACUGCAGCUGCAACAACAACAACCACUGCAGCAACAACCACGACUGCAGCUCCAACAACCACAACCCCCGCACCAACAACCACGACUGCAGCUCCAACAACCACAACAGCAGCACCAACAACCACAACUACAGCUCCAACAUCAACAACCACAGCACCAACAACCACGACUGCAGCUCCAACAACCACAACCACUGCAGCAACAACUACGACUGCAGCUCCACCUACCACAACAGCCACACCAACAACCACAACAGCAGCACCAACAACCACAGCGAACGCACCAACAACCACGACUGCAGCUCCAACAACCACAACACCUGCUGCAACAACCACAACAGCAGCACCAACAACCACAACGAAGGCACCAACAAACAUGACUGCAGCUCCAACAACCACAACACCUGCUCCAACAACCACAACACCUACUCCAACAACCACGAGUGCAGCUCCAACAACCACAACAGCAGCAGCAACAACCACAACAGCCGCAGGAACAACCACAACAGGCGCACCAACAACCACGACUGCAGCUCCAACAACCACGACUGCAGCUCCAACAACCACAACACCCUCUCCAACAACCACAACACCCGCUCCAACAACCACGACUGCAGCUCCAACAACCACAACACCCUCUCCAACAACCACGACUGCAGCUCCAACAACCACGACUGCAGCUCCAACAACCACAACACCUAAUCCAACAACCGCGACUGCACCUCCAACUACAACAACCACUGCAGCAACAACCACGACUGCAGCUCCAACAACCACAACAGCCGCACCAACAACCACGACUGCAGCUCCAACAACCACAACACCCGCACCAACAACCACGACUGCAGCUGCAACAACAACAACCACUGCAGCAACAACCACGACUGCAGCUCCAACAACCACAACCCCCGCACCAACAACCACGACUGCAGCUCCAACAACCACAACAGCAGCACCAACAACCACAACUACAGCUCCAACAUCAACAACCACAGCACCAACAACCACGACUGCAGCUCCAACAACCACAACAGCCGCACCAACAACCACGGCUGCAGCUCCAACAACCACGACUGCAGCACCAACAAUCACGACUGCAGCUCCAUCAACCACGACUGCAGGUCAAACAACCACAACACCCCUUCCAACAACCACAACACCCGCUCCAACAUCCACGACUGCAGUUCCACCAACCACAACAGCAGCAGCAACAACCACGACUGCAGCUCCAACAACCACAACAGGAGCAGCAACAACCACAACUGCAGCUCCAACAACCACAACACCCGCACCAACAACCGCGACUGCAGCUACAACAACCACAACACCCUCUCCAACAACCACAACAGCAGCACCAACAACCACAACACCUGCACCAACAACCAUGACGGCAUCUCCAACAACCACAACACCUGCUACAACAACCACAACAGCAGCACCAACAACCACAACACCCGCACCAACAACCACAACAGCCCCAGGAACAACCACAACAGCCGCACCAACAACCACAACAGCCGCACCAACAACCACAACAGCCGCACCAACAACGACGACUGCAGCACCAAAAACCACAACACCUGCUCCAACAACCACAACAGUAGCACCAACAACCACAACAACCGCAACAACCACCACAACAGCAGCACCAACAACCACAACGAACGCACCAACAAGCACAACUGCAGCUCCAACAACCACAACACACCAACAACCACAACAACCCUCCAACAACCACAACGGCCGUACCAAUAACCACAACAGCAGCACCAACAACCACAACUACAACUCCAACAACCCCAACAGCCAAUCCAACAACCACGACUGCAGCUCCAAUAAUCACAACACCCGCUCCAACAACCACAACAGCAGCACCAACAACCACAACUACAACUCCAACAACCCCAACAGCCAAUCCAACAACCACGACUGCAGCUCCAAUAAUCACAACAGCCCCACGAACCACCACGACCGCUCCUCCAACAAGCACCACUGCCCCAACAACUGCGACGGGCCCUAUUCCAUCAACCACCACAGUCCCGCCUUCCACCACUUCCCCACCAACCACCACAGCCCAACCAGUUAG